AUGAUCGAAGCCUACCACAUCGAACAGGAGCGUCACAGGAUUGCCGGAAGCGAUGCAGCUACGAUUAUAAGAUGGCUGGCUUCAGUCUCAAGACGUCAGACCUCGGAUCAGCGCGACCGGAUUUAUGGGAUCAUUGGCCUCUUUCCGUCGAAUCUCGGUCUCAUCCCAGACUAUAGCGCAGGUCUAGCAGAAGUCUAUGAAAAGGGAACUGUAGGCUUUUUUAAGCACUUGCACUCGCCAGCUGCGCUUGUGAUGGCAGGCUUACAGAACCGAGAGGCGUUUAAGGCUCCGUCAUGGGUGCCUCAUUUCGGCCGUUGGGGGUUUUCGCCCAAUGAGGCUAAGGCUUGUGACGGAGGCCUCUAUCCGCCGCAAAAGAGGUCGUUUGUCUACAAUCAGCCAGGGCGGUUGACACUUUACGCGGCGUUCAUAGACACAAUAUCUUGGGCAGGAUCUUGCUUUGACUGGAGGUUCUGGGAUGCUGCCAUAGGACCAUCAGAGACUUUCUGGCGGAGAUUGCUGUCUACAACUGUAUCAGACACCACCGACGCCACGGCGAUGCCGAUGCUCGAUGCUUGGCUAUAUGCCGACGACCUAGAUGUACCGUCGCAAUGGAUGUCCGAACUUUCGACCCAAGUGACCGCGAAACAUGGACUCGGUGCGGUGCCAUAUCAUUCCCCUUUGCCAGGCGACAUUGUUGCAGUGAUUGCGAAGGUCCCACAGCCCGUGAUCUUGAGGCCUGUGGCGCAUGCGGGUGUCAACGCUUACCAGCUCGUGCGUGUUUGCUCCUAUUGCGAAGGUAUCAUGUACGGCGAGGCCGUCCGCGAAGCAGCCUUGGCCCGGAACGGCAAUGAAACGAACAGGGACGGUGUCUUCCAGGAAAUCGUGCUCGUUUGA